UACACGCAAUUAAAUUACGCGGCAUCCCCCGUCGUGUGCUAUCCGAUGGAUGAUAACAAAGUUGGGAAUCAGUCGAAAGGCGGCGCACAUCGUCCUGAGACAGCAUCGUCGACGGCAACAAAAUUAUUCCGUUAUAAAAACAUCACUUCCGCACUCCUUUGCUUCACUUGCGGCGCUUGCUUUAUUCUGAGUUUAAUUUGCAUCUGCUUGGCGACGUUGGUCAUUUUACUGAAUCAGGCUGUCGAGGCGACGAAUUAUCGAUACGAUUUGAACAAGCAUACAAUGACUGAUAAGUAUGAAAGCUUUAGGUUGCCAAAAGAAGUGAAGCCUAUACAAUAUGAUCUCUUCUUGCAUCCAAAACUCAAACAAAAAACAUUUUCUGGAAAAGUGACUAUCCUUAUUGAUGUCCUUGAUGAUAGAAGGACCAUAGCUCUUCAUCAAAAGGACCUUAAUAUUACAACUGUGGAAUUAAAAACUUAUGGUCUAGAAGAAGAUUAUGAAAUUAAAAUCUCUUCUAUCAGCAAUCCUUCAAAAUAUGAAAUUUUUGUGAUAUCAACUAAAACAGAUCUUAAAUCAGGAUUAUAUAAUUUGAGCCUAGAAUUUGAUGGAAGUCUUAAAAAUAAAAUAGUUGGAUUUUAUUCCAGCACAUAUCAGUAUGAUAGUAAAGAAAGAUAUAUGGCUACUACUAAGUUUGAACCAACGUAUGCUAGACAAGCUUUUCCAUGUUUUGAUGAACCUAAUUUUAAGGCAGAAUUUUCAGUAAAAUUAGUUUGUCCUAUGGAGGACAACUAUCAUGCUUUAUCCAAUAUGAACAUAGAGAAUAUAGAAUAUAAUAAACCAAAAAAUAAUCUAAUGACAACAACAUUUGCAAAAACUGUACCCAUGUCAACAUAUCUAGCCUGUUUUAUUAUUAGUGACAUGGAAAAAUUGAAAAUGACAGCAAAAGGAUUAAAAGGCCGAGAAUUUCCAGUCAGUAUUUACAGCACAAAACUUCAAGAAAAAGAAAAGAGAGAAUUUCCUUUGCAAAUUAGUGUGAAAGCUAUAGAAUAUUAUAUAAAAUUAUUUCAAAUAGAUUACCCACUACCGAAACUCGAUAUGGUUGCUAUCCCUGAUUUUGUAUCUGGAGCUAUGGAAAAUUGGGGUAUAGUGACUUUUAGAGAAACAAGACUUCUUUAUGAUGAUCGCAACAACUCUAUUAUUGAUAAGCGCAAUGUUGUUAAUGUAAUCUGCCAUGAAUUAGCUCAUAUGUGGUUUGGAAAUCUUGUUACUUUAUCCUGGUGGAACGACUUAUGGCUCAAUGAAGGUUUUGCUACAUAUAUGUCAUAUAAGAGUGCAGAUGAAAUUUUACCGAACCAGAAAUAUAUGGACCAAUUUUCUAUUGAUGUAAUCCAUAAAGUAAUGGUUACAGAUGCAAAAUUGAGCUCUCAUCCUAUAAUUCAAAAUGUUAAAAAUCCAGAUGAGAUAACUUCAUUUUUUGAUGAAAUUUCUUAUCAAAAAGGAGCAUCUAUAAUUCGCAUGAUGGAGAACUUUAUUGGUGAUGAUUUUUAUUAUGCCAUUGUUAGCUACUUGGAUAAGUAUGCAUAUCGGAAUGCGCAAACGGUGGAUCUUUUUAAAGUUCUGCAAACCACAAACGACCUCCUAAACAUAACAGAUAUAAUGGAUACUUGGUUACGACAAGAAGGGUACCCUGUUAUUAAUGUAGAAAGACAAUUAAACAAAUUUGUAUUAACUCAAAAACGAUUCUUGAGCGAUUCAAAUGCUAGUUUUGAUCCCUCGAAAUCGAAUUAUAAAUAUCGUUGGACUGUGCCUAUUACUUAUAUUACAAACAGAAACGAAAUAUCCACUCUUAUAUGGUUUGAUAAGGAUGCGGAUCAAGUUGUUAUUGAAGUUGAUGAACAUACCAAAUGGAUAAAACUUAAUGUGAAUCAAGUUGGUUAUUAUCGAGUUAAUUAUGGAACAGAAUGGGAACCAAUUGAAGAGCUACUUCGAACUCAUCCUACGAGAUUAUCGAUAGCGGACCGAGCAAAUCUUUUAGAUGAUCUCUAUAGCCUAGCAGCAGCUAAUGAAAUAGAUUAUUUUGUCACGUUAUCUAUAACUCUGUUUAUGUUUCGCCAUGAAUAUCACGCUAUUCCAUGGGCAAUUGCAAGUUCAAAAAUGAUAGAAAUAUAUACCUUAUUAAAAUCUCUCCCCGUAACUCGGCCGUCUACUGCAAGUCAAUUUCAGGUUUUCGCAUUAAAAAUUUUAGAGAAGAUGUACAAAGAUGUAACUUGGACUGUGAACGAUGCUGUGGAAGAUGAUUUGUUGCCUACAAGUAUUGAUAAUGAAGUGCGUAUAUCGGUACUCGAACUUGCAUGUGCCAUGGGACAUACUGAAUGCUUGCAAGAAGCUAAACGCAUAUUUAUGGAUUGGCUUACUCUUAAAAAAAUGCCACAUCCUGAUAUUCGCGAAUUAGUUUAUUACUAUGGUAUGCGACAAAUUGAUGAAGAUAAAUGGCCAACGAUGUUUCAAUUCUUCGAAGAUGAAACCGAUCCUACAGAAAAAAAUAAAUUGAUGAAGGGAUUAGCAGGCGUAAAAAGUAGUACGAUCUUAAAGGAAUACAUCGAUAAAGCUCGCGAUGAGAAAAUUGUUCGCACUCAAGAUUUCUUGAAAUGUUUGAUUAUGAUUUCCACAAAUCCCGAUGGUACAUUGUUGGUAUGGGAUUGGGUGCGUAAUAACUGGGACUUUUUAGUGGAAAGAUACACAUUGAAUGACCGAUAUCUCGGUCAACUUAUACCGGCCAUUACAAAAUCUUUUGCCACAGAAACAAAAUUGGAAGAAAUGAACGCUUUCUUCGCAAAAUAUCCUAAGGCUGGUGCUGGUGCGAAUAAUCGCGCCAAAGCUCUCGAGACUGUCUCGUGGAACAUUAAAUGGCUUUCUGAAGCUCCUCCUAAAAUCGAUGAAUGGAUGAAAUGGUAUUUUACUUCAGGAUAUGUAUUUAAAUGAAUUCAGAGGAUAUGUGUACCAUAAAAAUACUAAAAAAUAUCUCAACACGGAAGAAGCAUUUUGAAAGAAGAAAUAUUUGAAGUUUAAUAAUAUUGCACACAUAAAUUUCUUUUUCAAUUAUUGUGUGGCAGUGUGGAUAUGUUAAACGAAAAUAUCAAUCUAUAUUAAGUGCGAAGCAUGUUUUUUAUAAUAUAUUUAUAUAAAAUCUUAA